UCCACCUUAUCUAAAGCUCGAGAUCGAUUUCCAAGAAGUUGUGAUUUUUUUUUUAAUUCUAACACUCACAUUUAAAACCCUAAGUCGACCUCAAACAAGAAUGCACAACGAACCACGGCCAUCUCAAAACCUUCCUAUGUUGGAGCAGAUCACCUGAUGAUCUGUUUGAUGAUUAAAAGGUGAUGAAGAUGGAUGCAAAUAGACAAAUAGUUACACGGUCGUGCAUAUGGAUGUUGGAUGCCCCGUCUUUGCAAAGGAGCACAAAAACGCCCGUUGUGAUUAGUUGGCCGUAUCUCUUCUUCAAUUCUCAGAACCUUUGAACCCCUUUUUUGUCGAUAACCAAAACUGCCUGCACACGUUACUGUCCUUGCUGCUCCUAUCUCAUCCUCGUCUUGACAUUAACGGAUUUGUGAGAUAUAACAAUAACAUCGAAAACUUGACGAGGAACAACGAUCGACCGUCGAUGGUUGCUAGGGAUUCUAACUUCCCACACGUUCGUGUUAACAAGAGUUUUGUCCAAUAGUGGUGAUGGCUCCGGCCGGCGACAUGUCUCGGUUAGUCAUGUUGGUAAAAAGGCUCCGGCCGACCCACAACGCACCAUUUUUUUUAAUUAUUAUUUAUCAAUUACAUGAGUUUUGAGUUUUGACAUUUCUCGGUUUGUUAGUCACUUUGGAGUACAAUAAAUUGUUUUUUAGAGUGAGUACAAUAAAUUGUUUUUUAUUUUGGCAUUUUCGCGAAAAAACGAUGAGAGAUCGAGACGAUCAAUUUGUUGGCUAGAAGUUUGUCGAGAUAAUUCGUAUCAUGAUUGAAAAUGUGUGAUGUUAGGGGAUUAAGUAGUGGAUGUGAUAUUAUACUUCGGAUGCGGUCUGAAAACAAGUCUCGUUUACACCAUUGGUUUGCAAGUUUGACAUUUGUAUGGUGUCGACACACACACGAUUUAUUAUGUUAAUCGGAAAAAUUAGAAUUUUGAUAUCCAUCACACCUCUGGAACCUAUUUGUGGACAACAAAACUCGAUGUGGAAGCGUCGCGCGCGCGCCCCUCCAACAACCAUUUUAUCACGAGAUGUGAAACUCAAAAUCGAUCACUAGAAGAGAAGACAGAAGUAGUGGGUGGAGCUAUGUGUAGUUAGGAAGGGGCUAUCUACAACUCCCUUCAAUUUCUUUAUCAAAAGUUAUAAUACGUGAAUUCAUAUAUUGAUAAUAUUAAUGAAACUAAUUAGCCCAUCCUUCAAGAUUUAGCUUCAAUAGUGGAAAACUUAUACAAUCUAUUAUCUUCAGCAUCCUCCUCAUUUCAAAUUAUGGAAUGACCAAAAUAAUCGACCUGCGAAACCAAGCCCAACAAAAACCACCAUCGAACAUCUGAUGACCCCCUGUAUUAAUACAUGCAUACACCAACAAGACAUUUGAGCUGAAAAUGAAAUAAAUGUUUAUAAAUUAUAAUCAAUAGAUAUCGUCAUCACUAAACGAAUUCUUGUACAAUUUAGUUAUUUUCAUGGUCACUAAUCAACCUCACUAUAUAACUAGUUAUCUGGAAUCUCUACACGCUUCAGCAGAUGAUUAAUCCUCCAAGAAUAGACGGCCUUCUAACCAAUAAUCCAAACCCAAUCACAUUCACAAUUAAUUUAAUCCUUCCCGCCUUGCCAUCUCCGUCAGUCCUCUUAUAUAUCACCACUUUUCUUCCCCAUCUAUAGGAAAAUCCUUCUCUUCCUCUCUCUACCUCGUUUUCCUUCCAUGGGAUCGGAAGCCAGCCGGCCGUCAACCCGGAAAAACCCACCCCCUCCCGCCGCCGCCGUCAUCCGCCGCCGCCGGCGAAAAAUGGGCCCCACCAAAUCCUUAAUAGAAUGGCUCAAACCCGACUGCUUCUUCCCCAACAAGAAGAAGAAGAAGCGGAGCAACCCCCCACCACCAUCUUCCAGAAGCCCAGCCGCCGUCAACGGCCGCCGGAGAAAACCACGGCCAUCCCCCGGCACGCCGUUAACGCUGGAGGAGCACCUCUCGUCGACGUCUCCCCUGCCCAUGGGUCUGGCCCGACCGGCCUCGACCGGACGGUCCUGGAAACUACCCGACCCGUCAUCCGGUCCGACCGGGUGCGGAGUUCGGAAACCUUCUCCCAAACGGAUCCACCCGUCUUCAUCGUCAUCCGCCGCAAGAGGCGGGCGGCGGAGGAAGGGGAAAGGGAAGGAGAACAACAGCUUUACGCUGGAGACGCUGGUGAAGCUGGACAGGGAAUCGAAGGACGAUUACUUCAGCGGGAGCAGCAGCCGGGGCAACUUUGGUGACGGGUCGGGUGUCGGGCUGCCGACGGGGAGCCAGAGCUGCCGGCGGGAAGGGAAGAAGAAUGGGAAGAGCGUGAGAUUUACGUUGCCAGGAGACGGCGACGUUUUGGUUUUCUAUUCCCCGAGGGCGCCGACUGAUAGGCCCUUUCACUCUCUUUGAAGUUUCUUAAACAAUAAUAUGAUGAUGAUAUGAUAGAAACAUAUGAUCCUUUGUCUGUAUAUUUUGGCAAGCCAAAUUACUAGUCAAACAAACGUCCUUUUUCAAUCGUUGAAUCUUAUUUUGUGUGGAAGCUAAUUACUUAUUUUGUUACUGAUACCGUUGUAGUAAUUAAUGUAUCGUUUGAUUAGUGAAAAUGGUUAAGGUGCUUCGGGUUUUCGACAUAAUUUCGAUUCUCUUUACUUUGUGCCGGUUUGAGAAAUGAAUUGAUUAAAUUAUCAAUUCAUGCAAUUACGUGUGUAGUGUUUUCGAAUGGUUGAUUUAGAUUCAUGCGUAAUGUUAGUAUAGUUUUUGGAGACUUUGCUUAUACACUAUUACAAGUGAUUAUUCACACUUGUUUUUUUUGUAUGAAAUCUCAUUUUUACUGCAAACAUAAAAAAUUUCUAGUGCAAACGUCAAGACUACGACCCUAAGAUGGUCGUUUUAAAUUAUUUCACAUAAUUCUUGAUUUAUUACUUCCUAGUAAUGGGGAGUACGUAGUUAUUUUUUGACAAAAUAAGUAUGUCAUAUGUCGGCAACCUAUAAAAUUCUCUAGUAACGGUAUACUCCUCAGUCCAACUUCUUGUACAUUUUCCAUCCUUUCAGCUGAGUUGUACAUAUUGUGCAUAGUUUUCCUUCGAUAAUUGACUUUUUUCGGUUAUCCAAUUAACCCAAAUGUCUAUGAUGACUCCCUAUAACAAAUCACUAUUUGUAGCCAAGUGAAAUUAAGAUUUAACAAGUACAUCACAAUCAUAGUGAUCAUGCAUGGCUUUAUGAUGAGACUUAUUACAACCUUUUGUUAUAUGACUUUUGAUUGUGUUGUGUGUGUAGUUUCUGUACGCUUCCACCCAUUUUCCACCACAGCCUGCAAAAGAUGAAUGCCAUUUGUAAUUAUAUUGCUCAAUAGAAACAUUAUUAUGCAUUAAUUUCCAUGGGGUUCUCUAAUGUAUAUGAGUAUAUGACUCAUAUGUUUGGCCUUUUUCCCCUUCGGUGAUGGAAUAUACUGACCACCGUUACUCCCAAUACUUCUUGGCGAGGUCGUGCCAACAAAAAAAUAAUUUAGUCUUGGUAAUAAUCGGCCCUUUGAUUAACUUAGUGAAAUUUUUAGGGGAUUUGUUCUUUCUUCUUAUCACAAAGAAAUCUCACUAAGCAACAAAGGGGGAUUAUCUUAUUGCUAGUUAAUUAAUUGCUAGUUGCUACUCUCUUACUUUGCAUACUCCACCAGGCACCAUCCCAUGUAAGUCCAUGUAGUUUACCAAGAAUAUCACUUAUUCCAAAGUAUUAGUACGUGAAAAAAAUAAGAAUCUUUCA